AUUUGUCUCAUUCGGCAGAUAACAGCUGGAAGCAACGAUUGGACAGCUCCGACAACGCUCUUUCCACGGACAUGCUCUUCCCUAGACCGUGAAUCCUAGACCGUGAAUCAACAUGUUUGCGAAUUUCUCAAGCACGAGCGAAGGCCCGGUAGAAUCAAAGCCCCGACCGAAGCCCAAUGGCUUGAAUCUCAGCUGUCUACCUUGUCGGAGGAAAAAGAAAAGGUGUGAUGCUGCCAGACCCACAUGUGGCAGAUGUCGAAAUAGCUAUGGUCGAGACGUAUGUGUAUGGUCUGAUGAGAAAAGAAACCGAAGCCGUCAAUCUCGGGAGAUAAAAGCAGACCAAUGGCAUAUACAAUCAGACUCGAGCCCUUCGACCACACCUCAAAGCUCCUCCUGGGAAGUCGUAAAGUCCAAUACAUCAACCAACUCAAUCACUUCUCCGGUAGCAGACUGUCCGAUGGAUCUCAGAUUUCAUGGCUUCUGUCCGUGGACCAUACCCGACGCCGUGACUAACAUAUCCCCCGACCUUUCGCCCCAAAUGUUCCUCAACAUUUCUACAACCUUCCAGAGGCGGAUCCUCUGUCUUGAUAUCGAUUUCAAGGAUUCAAUCAUCAUGGACAGUCUUCCGCUCGCGCUCGAUCACCCACCUCUUCUCCACGCCUGGGUGGCAUGUAGUGUCAUAGCCCUGUCGCGUUCCAUGCCAUACUGGUACGAAAAGGCCAUCAAGCAUUACGACAGCGCCGUGAGUGGGUUGAGCCGUGCUCUGCAGGCACAAAAUGAGACUGGUGACAAGUGGAAGAGAGAGACAGUGAUACUUCUACAUCUAUUCGAGGGGUUUCAAUCAAGAAGCGACGAGUCUGCACUCGGCAAGGCUCACCUUCGCGGAGCGCACGAAUUGUUCAACCCAAGAGUCAAAGACAAGUCUCCCAUGAGCUAUCACGAAGCAUUGGUACUGGAGGGCUAUAUCAUGCAUACUACUAACAACUACCUCUUCCAACCCGACUCGCAAUUGCCAUUGGAUCAUAUCACAAAGGCAGCAGAGACACUCGUCUCAGCCUUGGAACAACUGGGUCUAAGUUGCAACUGGCGUCAUAGUCCGUGGAUCGGGUUUGGAGGCCCCGAGCUCGCAGAUCUGGUUUUUAGAGCAUCAUGGCUUGGGCAUAAAACAAGCUUGAAUACUGACGACCGGCAACAAGUGGAGAACAUCAUCACACGCCUGUCCUCGUGGACUUCUCCAGCGUGCUUUGAAGAAUCGUUGACGACACAUCUCGAUCUCCCUCCGAAGCGCUUGGGUCUGCUGGCCAAAGCAUAUUGGUGUGCAUGCUCAUAUCUGAUCACGCAUCUCUCACACCACGACGGCAACCCCAUGGUAUCUGACGAUACUGCCUUCGUCACCGAGACCCUUGAGCUCUUAGACCAGCUCACCGAGUAUGAGCAGACGAUAAACAAUCACUUGUGGCCGUUAAUUGUUGUUGGUACGGCAGCAACAAGCUUGGAAAGUCAGGAGCACAUCAGAUCGCUGCUACCGCAGUUCAAUCAAGCUCUGGGACCAGGAUCUGUAAAAAGAGCUGAGAGAUUCCUGGAGGUGGCCUGGAGGGUCGACCACAAUGGCGAGAUGUAUGGCCGAAAGAUCUUCAAGGACAGAGAUGCGCUAUAUCAGAUGUUCUUCUGAUCAUGUAGUCGAGGCUACUCAUGAUGCAAAAGCAGUGCACACCAUCAACAUCACGAACAAAAACACCCGACGCGUCAAACAUCCAGCAAAAACGGCAA